UCUGCUUCAGUACGUGUGUAAAGAAUACGGCAAUGCGUCCAGAAGCCAUGUAAAAUCUGGUUCCCGGUCUUCUAACAGCACUUAUUGAGGGGAAGUAUUUCUUGACACCAGUCUUUGUGUUUACAAACAUCGUUGACUCGCGUGUACACGUACGGCGUGUGGUUUGAAAACAGCAAAACUAUGGCGACAGCAAAGCCAGGACAGAAACGCCCACUUGGUUCGUCUGGCGGUGGCCCCCCAGCUAAGAAGGGGUUUUGGAGUCUGGGUCUGUUAGAUUCAAUGAAGGACCCUAACUUACAGGUGGAGAAAGAUGACAAAGUGGUGGUGAUUAAAGAUAAAUACCCAAAGGCGCGAUAUCAUUACUUGGUGCUUCCCAAGGAGAACAUCUCGAAGUUGAAGGCUCUGCAACCAGACCACUUGGAGCUUCUGAAACACAUGCAUGAAGUUGGGGAAAGAAUUAUCAAAGAGGCUAUCGGAGAAGAAGGACUUAGCUACAGACUAGGCUAUCAUGCAGUGCCAAGCAUGAGCCAUCUACAUCUUCAUGCCAUCAGUCAAGACUUUGAUUCUCCGUCGCUGAAGACCAAGAAACACUGGAACUCCUUCACAUCGGCCUACUUUGUGGACUCCAAAGAAGUUAUGGAUCAGUUGGAGAAGGAAGGGAAAGUGGACACAUCAGCUAAGAACCCAGAGGCUCAACUCAAACUGCCCCUCAGGUGUCAUGUGUGCAAGAAGGAGUUGACUAAUAUGCCAAAGCUGAAGGAACACAUCGUGACCCACAUCAAGAAAAGCUGACCUCAUCUCGCCAAAGAGACUUGCUUCGAGUUGACACAAUCUGUGUCCCAACCAGACACAAAAGAGUCUAUUUGCCUCAUUGACAGAACUUUGCCUAACUAAAAAUAAACACCACAAUGAACACAUUCUGAAAUUUCGUUGUAAAGUAUUAUUCAACAGUUACAAAAAUAUUUAUUUAUAAAAGUACAAGUGCAUGCCCAAUGAUUAAUUUACAGUUACAAUUUUGAGUACAUUAUCGUAUGAAAAUACUUUUAUUAAAUUUAUGUUAAAUACAUGAUUUUUUUUGUACUGUCCUCUGGCAUUUACAUGUGAUAGAAACAAGAAAUGAAAGAGUAAAUUAAGAAAAUACUUGGCAAACUUUAAUUUUUGUAUUUAGAAAAGUUGGUGCACGUAGGAACCUCUAUCAAUAGCCUUGGCCGUUGUGAACAAGUGUGAUGAAAAUCAAUGAAUGGCCAUUGAUAACGUGUCGAAGGAGUGGCUAGCCUUUCGCGCCACACAGCGUAUGACGUCACUGGGCAAACUUUUUUAAUUCACGUGCCUUAUUGACUGAUCUGAUAUCCCACUAUCAUUGGCGUCAUAUCCGAUGUGCCGGAAUUUGGUUUCUAAACUCCAAUCUGUUUUUGAGUAAAUAUUUGUCAGACUCAACGCACAUAUUUAUUUUGUGGUGAAGCAUGAUCUUGUGAAAAAAGGUCAAAUCUGUUUUGUGUGGAAAAUUUAAGUCAUAAUUUUUUUUCCUAUCUGGGAACUUAAAAAGAAUUUGAACAUCCUUGCAGCAUAAAUCUGAGGCGUUCUGGCAAAAUAAGACGGACCUGGGCACAGGCCUUUGUGGAGAAAAAUU